AUGGAAAUCGAACGUGGAAAUAUUCUUGCAGCAGCCCGCUUUGUAAUCAGAGAACUUCUUGAUUAUGCCUUGCUUCAUCAACUUUCUGUCGUUGAGUAUGAUGAUCAAAAUCAGGAUUCAUCGGGUCUGUCCGAAAUCGUUACACGUCUACUCCAUAUCAUCGAAAAUGGAGUCUGUCAUGGGAUUAAUUGCUCAGUUCGGAAAUCGUCGACUGCCAUUCCACUGCUGGAUCCCUGGCCCCUCAUAUUCCACUUACCUGGCGAAGACAAUACUUUAGUUGAUAAUGUGAGUGUGUAUGAUGACGUAAAGACUGGACUUGGCAAAACUCGUCUCUGGAUACGGAAUGCACUCAUGAGCAAACAACUAGGUUCAUUUAUCCUGAAGUUUGUUGAAGUCAAAGACGUGAGGAAAAUUCCUGCUUCAUGCCUUGAGUUAACACUUGGAAAUUCCCCAUCGAAGUGCUUCUGCAUUGCUGACGCCUAUGCAAAGGGCGCACUGUUGAUGUCGGACGAAGCUAUGACAUUUGCUGGUCUUCUCAAUGAUUUAAAUGUCAUUGAUUUCUGCUUCGUUCUCAAAGACAAUUUGUCCCGACUUGAUGUUCCACUGGUUCCUAUUGACUAUCGGUCGUGCAUAAAUCCGCAUUCUGGUGAUGAUUUAUCUGAAGAAUGGCGCCCUCAAAAUGAGUUAGAACAGUGUCUCUCAUCGCUUAUUGAACAAAAAAGUUAUCUGGAGGAGGCUGUGUCAACGACUCAAUCUCGUUUAGGCAAAGUUGGCAAAGAGGUGGCUGCCUUGGCCGACGAGAAUUCGACCCUUCGAGAGACUAAAGCUGAUAUGGAGGCUAAAAUCUCCAAGCUAGAAGAGGAGAAUAUUCGAUUGUCAAGUCUCCUCGUCCGACAGUCGAAGGAGGUGCAAAACGAGCUAGAAGUUGUCCGUGAGACCUUCAAGCACUCAAGCUUAUCUCUGGAUACGCAGAACCUGGAACUGGAACGUCAAUUGAAUGAGGAGAAGAAACGCAGACUUGCCUCUGAAGAAGCCAGAGAUGCAGCCGAAACUGAGUUAUCGCGCUUAAAGGAACUGAGCAGCGAAAGAGAAACUUGUCUAACGGAGUAUAGAAGUCAAAUCGCGGCUAUGGUUACUCUAAACAAGGAGUUUUCUGAAAAACUUCGGAGUGUAUCGGCUGAACUCGAGGCCAGCAAUAAGCAUGCCCAUGACCUUCAAGAAAAGAUAGACGGAAUGUCAUCUGUACUGACGGGGAUGAAUGAAAGGUAUAAUCAUCUGAAAGAGGAAAAGAUCACAAAUGAGAAGUCGCUACAGGAAGCAAUCGAUCAGGCAAAUCGGGCGGAUCAAAUGUGCGUUCAAUUGCAGGCUGACCUCGAAGCAAAUCGGGAGUUUACGCAGAACUUGCAGUCACAGCUUGAUGAGGUCUACAUUGAUCUGGCCAGUGUUAAAUCGCUGCAAGAGAACUUGGACAGAAAGAGUCAGAGCCUGCGAGAGCGUGACGCGAUGAUAGCCGAGCUACAGCAACGGUGUAGUGAAGCAGAGAGGAGUCUGGUGGAGAUGGCAGGGACAGUGGAAGCGGCACGGCUGCAGGCGGAUCGCGCGGAGGAGCGUGUGCGCCUUCUCGCCACGGCGCGGUGGACCAGCGACAGUGACGUUGAUGCCUGUGCUCUCUGCGCUUCUCCUUUCUCCUUCUCUCGUCGUAAGCACCACUGCCGAAACUGCGGUCUCAUUUUCUGCCAGGAGUGCUCCGCCUUCAAGAUGUCCCUUCCCAGCUCUUCCAAGCCGGUACGUGUCUGCGAAACCUGUCACAAUCAACUGAUGCAGCGCUACUCGGCUCGGUGA